UGUUUGUGCCUGCUUCUCACUUGCUCUUCUAAAAGAGUGUCUAUUUACCCAAAAAGUUCAGAUCUGACAAAAGGAUGGAUAGUAUGCUGAAUAUUAGAGUUCUUGAACUCCUGUAGAAGCUUUAUAUUCAACAUGCUGUGGGAAGUCUCAGUUCCGACGCUUGCAGUGCUCCUGGCUGGAACUAGCGUGCAGUACUUGAUUCCAACUGAAGGCGAGAGAAGUGUCACUGACUUAUGCAGGCAAAGAUCUGGAGGAGCAGUUACGGGCGGUGUCCAGUGUAGAUGAACUCAUGACCGUGCUCUACCCAGAAUACUGGAAAAUGUACAAGUGUCAGUUAAGGAAAGGAGGCUGGCAACAUAAUAGAGAGCAGUCCAACGUCAAUACCAGGACAGAAGAGACUAUAAAAUUUGCUGCAGCACAUUAUAACACAGAGAUCUUGAAAAGUAUUGAUAAUGAGUGGAGAAAGACUCAAUGCAUGCCACGUGAGGUGUGUAUAGAUGUGGGGAAGGAGUUUGGAGCAGCCACAAACACCUUCUUUAAACCUCCAUGUGUGUCCGUCUACAGAUGUGGGGGCUGCUGCAACAGUGAGGGGCAACAGUGCAUGAACACCAGCACAAGCUACCUCAGCAAGACGUUGUUUGAAAUUACAGUGCCUCUCUCUCAAGGCCCCAAACCAGUAACAGUCAGUUUUGCCAAUCACACUUCCUGCCGAUGCAUGUCUAAACUGGACGUUUACAGACAAGUUCAUUCAAUUAUUAGACGCUCCCUGCCAGCCGCCCAGCCACAGUGCCAGGCUGCAAACAAGACCUGCCCCACCAAUUACGUUUGGAACAAUCGCCACUGCAGAUGCCUGGCCCAGCAAGAUUUUAUUUUUUCCUCUAAUGCUGGAGAUGACUCUACAGAUGGAUUCCAUGACAUCUGUGGACCCAACAAAGAGCUGGAUGAAGAAACCUGUCAAUGUGUCUGCAAAGGGGGCCUUCGGCCUUCCAGCUGUGGCCCCCACAAAGAACUAGACAGAAACUCAUGCCAGUGUGUCUGUAAAAACAAACUUUUCCCCCACUCGUGUGGGGCCAACAGAGAAUUUGAUGAAAAUACAUGCCAAUGCAUAUGUAAAAGAACCUGCCCAAGAAAUCAACCCCUAAACCCUGGAAGAUGUGCCUGUGAAUGUACAGAAAAUGCACAGAAAUGCCUCUUAAAAGGAAAGAAGUUUCAACAUCAAACAUGCAGUUGUUACAGAAGACCAUGUACAAAUCGACUGAAGCAUUGUGAGCAGGGCCUUUCAUUCAGUGAAGAAGUCUGUCGCUGUGUCCCUUCAUACUGGAAAAGAACACAUAUGAACUAAGAUCGUACUAUGUUUCAGUUUGCCAAUUUUCUAUCAUGGAAAACUGUGUUGCCACGUUAGAACUGUCUUUAAACAGAGAGACCUUUGUGGGACCAUGGUAACAAAGGCAAAGUCAGUGUUUCCUGAACCAUGUGGACAACUUUACAGAAACAGACUGGAGCUCAUCUACAAAAGACCUCUUUCAAAGACUGGUUUUCUGCCAGUGGCCAAACAGCCGAGGUUUUCGUCUUGUGAUUAAAAAAAAUAUAUGAUUAUAUAAUUUAUUUCCACUAAAAAUAUUGUUUCUGCAUUCAUUUUUAUAGCAAUAACAAUUGGUAAAGCUCACUGUGAUCAAUAUUUUUAUAUCAUGUAAAAUAUGUUUAAAAUAAAAUGAAAAUUGUA